AUGUUGAGAACCAUUGCUACCAGAGGUCUGAGCACUUCUAGUGUGCAGAAGCUGUCAGGAUCUAUCACGAAAACGCCGAUUGGUAAAGAGGCGGAAGCGUUGUUCAAUAAGCCGAAGUUGACCCGGUUGUCGGUUGAUGGCCCGAUCGAGUGUCCUCUUUCAGGGUACCAGCUUUUGAAUUCGCCUCUUUUUAACAAGGGCUCCGCGUUUACGUUAGAGGAGCGGUCAGCUUUUGGUCUAGAGGGUCUUCUUCCUCCACAAGUCAAUACACUAGAUGAGCAGGUGGAAAGAGCUUACAAGCAGCUCUGUUAUUUGAAGACGCCGUUAGCGAAAAAUGAUUUCAUGACUUCGAUGCGGGUGCAGAAUAAGGUUUUGUUCUUUGAAUUGGUGAGGAGACACAUUAGGGAGUUGGUGCCGAUUAUAUAUACUCCGACGGAGGGGGAUGCUAUUGCGGCUUAUUCGCAUCGUUUCAGAAGACCGGAGGGUGUGUUCUUGGACAUCACAGAGCCGGAUUCGAUUGAACAUCGGUUAGCUGCAUACGGUGAGAACAAGGAUAUUGAUUACAUUGUUGUUUCUGAUGGAGAGGGUAUUCUCGGUAUUGGUGAUCAAGGUAUUGGAGGCAUCCGUAUCGCUAUUUCCAAGUUAGCACUAAUGACUUUGUGUGGUGGUAUUCAUCCUGGUCGCGUGAUGCCGGUUACUUUAGAUGUGGGUACAAACAACAAGAAACUUGCACGCGAUGAGUUAUACAUGGGGAAUAGAUUUGCCCGUGUUAGAGGUAAACAAUAUGAUGACUUUUUGGACAAGUUUAUCCAGGCUAUCAAGAAAAGAUUCCCAAGUGCUGUUUUGCACUUUGAAGAUUUUGGAGUUAUGAAUGGUCGUCCAUUAUUGGAACGUUACCAUAACGACUUGCCAUGUUUCAACGACGAUAUCCAAGGUACGGGUGCUGUUGUGAUGGCUUCAUUUCUGGCUGCUUUGAGGCAUACGGAUCGGAAGUUGCUAGAUUCUAGAGUCUUAGUCUACGGCGCAGGUUCUGCAGGGUUAGGUAUUGCUGAUCAGAUUGUAAACCAUAUGGUUACACGCGGUGCUACUCUCGAGGAGGCGCGUUCCAAGAUCUAUAUAAUGGACAGACGUGGUUUAAUUUUAUCAUCCAUGGGAGCUGGUUCCACUGUUGGCCAGCAAAGAUACGCCAAGCCCGACGAAAUGUGGACCAAUGUGAAUAUCAAAUCCUUAGUAGAGGUGGUUUCUCGUGUCAAGCCAACAUGCUUGAUUGGUUGUUCCACUCAGGCAGGUGCAUUUAAUAAGGCGGUUGUCCAAGAAAUGCAUAAGUACAAUGAGAGGCCAAUUAUUUUCCCGCUAUCGAAUCCAACUAGAUUGCAUGAGGCCGUUCCAGAAGAUUUGUUAGAAUGGACAAAUUAUAAGGCCCUAGUUGCUACGGGCUCACCUUUCAGUCCAGUUAAUGAUUAUCGUAUUUCUGAAAAUAACAACUGCUUCUCCUUCCCAGGUAUCGGUUUGGGUGCAGUUUUAUCCCGUGCUACUGUCAUAAGUGAUAAUAUGAUUUCAGCAGCAGUGGAUCAACUAGCUUCGUUGUCACCAUUAAAACCAGGAGAUUCUAGACCAGGUCUAUUGCCACCAUUGGAGGUUAUAAACGAUACUUCUGCUAAGGUUGCUACCGCAGUCAUUCUACAAGCUUUGGAGGAGAAUCUAGCACGUAUAGAACAAGAAUCCAUUCCAGGAGAAACACCUAAGAGGUAUGUCAAGGUUCCAAGGAACUUUGAUGAAUGUUUAGCAUGGGUCAAAAAUCAAAUGUGGAAACCUGAGUACAGACCAUUGGUGAAAGUCGAACGUGAUCCGCAUGUCCAUACCUACCAGUUUUAA